UUCUCUUAGGCUCACAUUUUUUAUUCCCGCUCUCCGGGCUAGUUCUUGCUCUCUUUCCCUCUCUCUUUGCCUCCCUCUCCUGUCGAUCGAUCCUGCGACGAGAAAACUCUGAUUUGGAUUGGAAGGAGGAGGAUCGAUUUCUACCCUUUAGGCGGAAGGUGCAUGGAACAAAUUGAUUGGCAUACUGUGCAGUCAUUGAGAUCAAAGAGACAUCCAAAAGAAGAUCUUGAGUUAAGACUAGGUCAUUCUUUAUUUUCAAAAGGUGGUACCAUGACUGCUAAUUGUGCUUUAAGGUUUCCUGAGCCCAUUACCAUAGAUGAUGAUGACGACGACGUGCAGAUCUUUUCCCCGAGGUCCUUUAUAGAGGGGAGGGGUAUGUUUUCUCAUAGUAGGUCCUGGGCACCAGUUAUCACUGAAGAGGAUUUGGAACUUCGGCUCGGAUUUAGAGAAUAUCCAAAGAAUAAGAUAAAUAUAUUUGAAGAUGGAGAGGAUGGUGGUGCAAGUGUAAGGCAAUUUGACAAGAAAAAAGGUGCAGCUGGAUCAAGCAGUCGUUCUAUGGACAUGAAGGUGAAUCUGACAUGUGCAAUCUGUAUGGAUACAAUGAAAGAAGAGACAUCAACCCUAUGUGGACACAUCUUCUGUCAUUCCUGCAUUACCAGUGCCAUCAAUCUUCAGAAAAAAUGUCCAACCUGCAGACGGAAGCUAUCGACCAAUAACAUACACAGGAUAUACCUUCCUGGAACCUCUUGAAGAUUCAAUCUUUGGUACCUAAUAAUUUUAUUUUCAUGUUUCCACUUCGAUUGCGCAUCUCUUUGAUUCAGCUCUUGUGAUGGAGAAGGCAUUGGAGGCUGUAAUUUUGCCUGGGCAUCUGGAAACUUAACUGAUUAAGGGGAUUUGAUUUUUAGAAGUUCUGGUUUAUCCUCGCCGGUCUACCACAAUGCCAUCCCUUUUUUGUCUUAGAUGUAUCAGGAACAAAGUCGAAUCAAGAGUUCAGACACAUGUCAAGAUCUUAUUCCUUUUGCUUUCCCCAUUUUCUAUGUAAAACUGUCUGAAAUAGGGAUUUUUGUAAGUUUAGUAAUAUGAACAAGAAGUAGUUGGCAAGCAAA